GGCCCAGGGCCCCUAAAACUGGUGUUGGGGAGGGGGAGCUGUGCUCCUUGUCACCUGUGCACUUGUUCUUCAUAGAUGAGCAGCAACAGCAGCAAGAGAGCUCCCACGACGGCCACCCAGAGACUAAAGCAGGACUACCUUCGGAUCAAGAAGGACCCAGUGCCUUACAUCUGCGCUGAGCCCCUCCCUUCCAACAUCCUCGAAUGGCACUAUGUUGUCCGAGGCCCCGAGAUGACUCCGUAUGAGGGGGGCUACUAUCAUGGAAAACUGAUCUUCCCUCGCGAGUUUCCCUUUAAGCCUCCUAGUAUUUAUAUGAUCACCCCCAAUGGAAGGUUUAAGUGCAACACAAGGCUCUGUCUCUCCAUCACGGACUUCCACCCUGACACAUGGAACCCGGCAUGGUCUGUCUCCACCAUCCUCACCGGGCUCCUCAGCUUCAUGGUGGAGAAGGGCCCCACGCUGGGCAGCAUUGAGACCUCCGACUUCACGAAAAGACAACUGGCUACGCAGAGCCUAGUGUUCAACCUCAAAGACAAAGUCUUCUGUGAACUGUUUCCCGAUGUUGUGGAGGAAAUUAAGCAGAAGCAAAAAGCCCAGGACGAGCUCAGCAGCAGGCCCCCAACCCUGCCCCUGCCGGACGUGGUUCCAGAUGGUGAGGCUCACCUUGGCCAGCUUGGGGCCCCACUACUCAAUGGGCAUGCACCAGCAGCUGGACCAAACCCCCCCGGUCUGCAGCAGGCCAACCGCCAUCACGGACUCCUGGGAGGUGCACUGGCGAACUUAUUUGUCAUCGUGGGGUUUGCUGCCUUUGCCUACACAGUCAAGUACGUGCUGCGGAGCAUAGCGCAGGAGUGACGACAGCGGCGUCCCGGACGGCCAGGCCGGGAGCAGACUGCAGCAGGGCCACGCGGCAGGCAAGACGUGCAGCUGGGCGCCGGGCCUCACCUGGAUCCCAUGUUUAGCUCUUUACAACCAGGAAAAAGGACAAAAGCGUAGGUGGCUGGAGGAAGCCGAGUGAGCCAGCGGAGCCCUCUUCUCCCAGCGGGAUCCGACCUCGGAGCUGCUUGGGAGGCCCCUCACUUGCGCUGUUCCUCCACAGGGGCCGUCACGCUUUGAUUUUUAUAGCACAUUUCCUGUUUUGUCUUUGGACUUGUUUUAGUAAACAUGUUUUUCAUUUUAUUAGAUUUGGUCACUUAAAAAUACAAAUCUAAAAGUC